AUGACAGCGGUGCAUGGCGAUUCUGGCUUCCGAUAUAUUGGCCGGAAACUUGUGUUUCCGGUCAACUACGAGGAGCAGGUUUCACUGAGGCUCAUCGAUGCUUUGCACGGAAAUUAUUCGAAGUUGGCGUGUGAGUGUUUAGCUGAUCCUUUUGUGGACACCAACUUCGUCGGAACGGUGAACUUGAAGUCUAAGACGACCGAGAUUUCGUUGCACGAUGAGGCUGCCGGCGAAGUUCUCGUCAAAUAUGAGGAGUUUAAGACUGAAGUUACUCCCCUUUUCCUUGCUGCUCAUGUCGGGAACAUGUUUCUCGUUAAUAAGUUGCUGAGUUUAGGAGCUAACGUGAAUCACAAGCUAUUUCGAGGCUAUGCUACCACAGCGACAGUCGGGGAAGGCCUUAUGGAGAUACUCGAGGUGCUCAUCAACAGUGGUGCGUGUGAGGAGGCGUUUCUGGAGUCAAGCUACCUCGGGCAUGCCAAACUCACCGAGCGGCUAAUGGCAACCGAUAUGAUCCGCCCGCAGGCUGCCUUACGAGCUCUCCUAUCCGCCUGCUGCAGGGGGUUUGUUGAUUUUGUUGACAUGCUUAUCAAGUGCGGAGUAGAUGCCAAUGCAACUAAUCGGGUGCUUCUUCGAUCUUCCAAGCCGUCUCUAUACGCGAAUAUCGACUCUAAUGCGCUAUCUGCUGCUGUUGUUCGUCGGCUGACCUCUGCUGUUAGAUCACUUUUGCAGGCCGGCAUUAAGACAGACGUAAAGGUCAGAGUUGGAGCUUGGUCCUGGGAUAUCGAUACGGGGGAGGAAAUUAGGGUCGGUGCCGCCGGACUAGCUGAUGCUUACCCCAUCACCUGGUGUGCUGUGGAAUACUUUGAAGUCAGCGGUUCGAUCUUACGGUUGCUACUUCAACGCCUCUCCCCGAACAACCUUCACUGUGGCAGGACCCUCAUCCACCAUGCCAUCUUAUGUAACAAUGCGUUAGCUGUUGAAACUAAAUAUUAA